UGAGAGGCGUGUCCCGCGAGGGGCGGGGUCAUCUGCAACAAACAAAUUGUAAAUGCGAGGACAUACACAGUCAAUCGUGCCAUCUUUCGUUUAGGAUUUAUUCACAGUGGAAACGGGAGCGACGAGUCAACUUUAAGCAUGAAAACUUUAUCUUCACCAGAGUCUCCCAGGCAGAGGAGUGUGAGAAGGGUGUCUAAGCCUCUGAUGGAGAAACGCAGACGCGAGCGGAUCAACCACAGUCUGGAGACAUUACGACUUCUGAUGCUGGAUAACACCCACAACGAGAAACUGAAAAAUCCAAAGGUGGAGAAGGCAGAGAUUCUGGAGAGUGUGGUCAAUUUCCUGAAGACGGACAAGGAGGUGGAGAAGGGUCACCGGCCCACGAAGAGACUCCUAUCCCGGGAGCAGAGACCGACCUCCGCCACCCGCCACCGCCAGCACAACUACCAGGACGGCAUGAGGUCCUGUCUGCUGAGGGUCAGCCACUUCAUAGCCACCAAGAGCCAGGAGUUAGAGGAGACCGAAGGAGAUGGUACAGUCCGGGCUUCUAUUGCGCUCCCAGAGCCACAGACUCACCCUUCAUCUCCCGGGAACAUUCAAGGGCAACAGGCCGCUCUGUCUCCUCAUCACCACCAGCACGGGAUCUCUCAUCCAUACACCAGCCAGAGGACUGGCCUCCACUGUGACACCAGGGAGCUGCUCUCGUCCACGGCAGCCUGCACGCACAUCACUGGCCCCGUGUGGAGGCCCUGGCCUCAGUGACAGACUCUUCGACAUAGAUUCUUUAUUUUUUAGAUAUGUAGCUACUGUAGAUGCCGACAGGCUGUGUAAAUAUGCCUAUGUGUCUGUUGUACAGCCUGGACUCUUUUGUACAGUGAAGAUAUUUGCCAUGACAACUGACCCUGUGUGGAGGCCCUGGCCUCAGUGACAGGCUCUUUGACACAGACUUUUUUAUUUUAGAUAUGUAGCUAUACUUUAGAUGCCGACAGGCUGUGUAAAUAGGCCUAUGUAUAUGUUGUACUACAGCCUGGAUUCUAUUGUACAGUGAAGAUAUUUUCCUUUACAACUUAUCCACUUCCGGUGGCGUUUUUGCUUUAGGAUUUGCUGUUUUGCACACGCAUCAUUUUUUUUGAUAGGCUAUAGUAAUAGGCUAUGUGAUAUUUCUAUGCGGAAGUGUUCGCAGAUUCCUUUUUUUUGCUGUAACAUGAAUACUUAAGUGUGUUUAGUGUUGCUGAGACGCGUGCGUAAAAUGCGUUUUAUUGACAUUAACAAUUUGAACAAAGGUGCUAUUCUAUUUUUCUAUUUUUGCUCAUACAUGUUAAAUAAAUGAUGCUAGGAUUUAUUUUAUGAUUGUGCUUGCUGAAUUCUCUGUUCCCAUUCACAAUAAAGCACAGUUUCCUGAACUUUCCAACUCA